AUGGCCGAACGAGAUUGGCUGUUAAAGAAAGCUAGGAAAUCAAAUGCUGAGAAUGAUUGGAGUAAAUAUAAAAGAAAACGAAAUCGUGUAAACAAUCUAGUCAAGAUGAAUAAAAACCGCUAUUACAAAGAUUUACUGAAGGAGAAUUCCAGAAAUCCAAAAAAGUUUUGGAGUACCAUACAAGAAAUUUUUCCUAAUAAGUCGGCAAAGUGUACUGGACGAUCAUUUCAUGCUGAUGGCAAACUAAUUACGCAUAGUAAUUGUAUAGCAAAUGCAUUUGGGUCAUUCUUAUCGACUGUCGUAGACAACCUAAAACGAAAAUCGCGUCCUCUGAAAGACUUUGUUUGGGGUCAUCGGCAUGUACCCAUUACCCAAACUAACAUGAGCUUUCAGUUUAUACCAGUCACUGAACACCACAUAGAAAAGAAAUUGAAUCAAUUAAAACGAUCAAAAGCUGCUGGUAUUGAUAAUAUCCCUCCUGGAAUACUUAAGGACUGUUCGACUGUUGUGAAGGAUCCUCUGGCACAUAUAAUAAAUAUGAGCUUAUGUACUGGAGUAAUACCUUCCGAAUGGAAAGUGGCUAAAGUUAUCCCAGUUCACAAAAAAGGGCCCCUCAAUGAUUUUGACAAUUACCGUCCUAUAUCCAUAUUACCGGCUGUCACAAAAGUCAUGGAACGAAUAGUGCAUGAUCAACUGAUGAAUUUUUUAGAGACCAAUCAUUUGAUAAACGAUUCUCAAUUUGGAUUUCGACCAAAACGAUCAACGCAAUUAGCUGUGACACUAUUGUUGGAUAAAGUUCGAGCGAAUAUGGAUAGGGGACUACUAACAGGAAUGGUCUUCGUUGAUCUAUCCAAAGCCUUCGACACUGUGUCCCACUCUAAUCUGCUAAAUAAAUUAACAAGAUUUGGUAUUUUAUCAUAUGAGCUGGAAUGGUUUACCAAUUACUUGUUUAAUCGAUCUCAAUGUGUUAGCUUCGAUGGUUCAUUAUCAGAGAAAUUCAAAGUUACAUCAGGAGUACCCCAAGGGUCUAUCUUGGGGCCUCUUUUAUUCAUAUUGUACAUUAAUGAUAUCGACGACCAUCUCAUUAGUGCACAAAUCAUAAAGUAUGCUGAUGACACAGUUCUGUUCCUGGCUGGGCAAGAUGUUUCUGAAAUUGAAAAUCAACUUACAAGUGAAAUGCAAGUUGUUGCUAAAUGGUUAGAUGAGAACGAUCUAAUCAUAAAUCUCAACAAAGGAAAAACUGAGUCUAUGUUACUGGGAACUAGUCGAAGAAUACAAAAGAACCCCAUAAGAGUAUAUCUAAACGAUAAACUGAUCAAUUUCACAACCAAAUAUAGAUAUCUUGGAGUAUUGGUGGACCAGAAUGUAAACCUGAAAGAACAUUUUGGUCAGGCUUUUAGGAAAGCAUCUGGCAGGUUAAGGUUGCUUAAGAAAAUACGAUCUUCUCUAACUAUGGACGCUGCUGAAUCUAUAUACAAAUGCAUGAUAAUGCCACUACUAACAUAUUCCAGUGUUGUUACUCUAAACUUGAAUGCCACCCAAACUUCACGAAUUGAAAAUCUCCAGGAUCGAGCUUCUAGAGUAAUAAAAUCAAGUGAAUCGGCAGAUCUAAGACUACCUGACCUGAUGAGCUUUGCAAAGCUGCAAACGUGUUUCCUGGUGAAACAAUGCAUGGACAGGAAUGUGUGUAGUAACUUUCACAAUUAUUUUGAACGGUUACAACAUGUAAAGAACACAAGGAACAACGGAAUAAGUGUCAGGAUUCCCAAAAUACGCUUGGAAUCCACAAAGCAUGCCUUUUAUUAUAAUGGAGCAAUUGAAUUCAACAAAUUGCCCAAAGAUAUUAGAGAAAUUGACAGUUUUAUGCUUUUUAAACGAAAACUGAAAGAGAACCUUAGUCCAUUAUAAUACUUUUCAGAAUUGACUGCAGUUAGAUUUUUAAUAUUUUUAAUAUAUUGACUUUUUAUACUCAUAAUUUUAGUAGUUUUAGGUAAACAGGACAUGCGUUGAUAGCAGUGAAUAGUCACUGAAGCAUUUUUUAUCCUGUGUAAAUAUUUUUUUAAUAAUAAUAAUAAUAUAUCAUCGUAGGAACAGUGUACCAUCCACCAAGUGCAAGCGAUUCUGAAAUGUUGAACUAUCUUAUAAAUUGCCUCUCAUCAAUUGAAGCCCAGAACCCUAACAGUGGAAUCCUUCUACUCGGAGACUUCAACAAAUUGAAAGUCACAAAAUUGAAAUCUAGUUUCAAAUUAAAACAAAUCAUCACUUCCCAACAAGAGGUUCAUAUACAUUAGAUCUUAUUUUGACUAAUUUACACAAGUUCUAUAACAGCCAAGUUCAGCGUCCCUCUUUUGGUCUAUCCGAUCAUAUGACUAUUGAUCUUCAACAAAAAUAAAAAAAUUCGUUCUCAACAACCGAAGCAGCGAUUAACAAUUAAAUCAAGGGACUUGCGUCCAAGUAAUCGUUUGGCUAUCCACACAUACUUUCAAGAAAUAGAUGUUGCUGCCCUAGUUAAAACCAAAGAUACGUGCGCUGAAAAAUUAGAGAUUUUUCAAUCAAUCCUAAAGAACGGUUCAGACCAAGUAGUUACCCUACGAACUAGAACUAUCCACCUAAAUGAGCCCCCAUGGAUUAAUUCAACCUUUAAAAAAUUAAUCAAGCAACGCCAGCGAGCCCUUAGUCAAGGGAACUUAAUUGAAUUUCGACGCCUAAGAAAUUGUGUGAAUUGAGAAAGAAAAAUCUGCCGAUCAAAGUACCAUGAGGCAAAAGUUGAACAUUGAAAAGACUGUAAACCAGCAAAGUGGUGGAAAGAAAUUAAAAAGUUAAGCAGCAUGUCUUCUGCAUCUGGAAGACAAAUUGAUGUAAUGAACUCUCUCCGAUUCAUAGAAGAGGUCUCAAGCACAUCUGA